CGUUAGUGCUAAUAGCUGCUGGAAAACUGCCUGUCUUGGCAUUAUAGGGCCCUGCUGUAUUUUGUCAGACAGCCCAACUUUAUUACGGAGUCACUUAGUCUCCCUAGAAAGGAUCAAUAAAGUCUGUCCCUAGGUGCAGGAUGUACAGCUUCAUGGGCGGAGGGCUAUUCUGUGCAGGCGUAGGGAAUAUCCUCCUGAUUGUUUCCACAGCAACAGAUUACUGGAUGCAGUACCGACACUCAAACAACUACAUGCACCAGGGUUUAUGGCGGUACUGUAUGCCCGGAAAAUGCUUCACACAUACAGACAGCAUCGCCUACUGGGACGCCACCCGAGCUUUCAUGAUACUCUCCCUGCUGGCCUGCUUCAUCGGAAUCAUCAUUGGCAUCAUGGCCUUCAUCCACUACUCCUCCUUCGACCGAUUCGAUAAGACCUUUGCUGCAGGCAUACUGUUCUUCAUCUCAUGCUUUUUUGUAUUGCUGGCGAUGGCGGUUUACACCGGCGUAACAGUAAAUUACUACGGUAAACGAUAUGGGAGCUGGAGGUUCUCCUGGUCUUACAUCAUUGGCUGGGUGGCCGUGGUGCUCACCUUCUUUUCAGGAAUAUUCUAUAUGUGUGCCUAUCGGAUGCACGAAUGCCCAAGGAACUCCAAUGCCCAUUAGAAGAACCCUGAGAACCGCUGGUCUAUUUACAAAGAUCGUGAGAAGCGCUUAUCCCUGCACCGGAGUUUUAAAGUCAGCUCUCAUUCCCUGUUCACCUUUAGGACAUGGG